ACAAAUAAAAAAUAUAUAUUUUUAAGAAAACUUAGAAACACCGUCGGACAAUAUAUAUUUCUUGUUAAAGUGCCGUAAUUACAACACAGUGCUGAAAUAUGACUACGGCCGAAGCCGAGGCUCCUGUUGAGAGCGGCAACAACAGCUCCAGCGCCAAUCAGCGGGGUGUUAGUCGUGUCCUUGCCAAGUUGUCGCAUUCUUUGGAGCUGGGAGAGUUUUACGAGGCUCAUAUGAUGUAUAGAACACUUUACUUUCGGUAUACUGCCCAAAAACGCUACCAAGACUGCUUGGAUCUGCUCUUUGACGGAGCCCAGAAGCUUAUUGAGAAAGGACAAGAGAGCAGCGCAGCUGACUUGUGUCUGCUGAUUGUGGAUACGCUGGAAAAACGCGGAUCUCAAACGGGAGACACGAAUAACUUCCAAUGGGUGCCUUGGCUAGGUCAACUAAUACGUGGAUUGAGCGCCAGCACAGUAGAACGCGAGACGCUAAUUCAACGUGCGAUUAAAUGGAGCAUUGCUUUGCAUGGACAAUACGGGCAUCCGGUAUUGCAUAAGCUUAUAGCGCAUACGUUUUGGUCCGAAGGAAACAUUGAAUCGGCACGGCAUCACUUUUUGCUUUGCCAAGACGGCAGUCUCUGUGGGCGUGUGCUGAUUGAAAUAAGCCAGAACAAGGGAUUCCAUCAAGAGGUUGAUUUGUUUCUGGUGCAGGCGGUGCUGCAGCAACUAUCGUUGAAGGAUCGCAAAACGGCAGAAGACACCUUCACCGAGUACACACGUCAUCAUCCAAAGCUGCUGAGACAUGAGUUUCCCUACAAGGAGCCCUUGGUCAAUUUUAUUUACUUUCUCUUUCGUCUCAUUGACAUGAAAAGCGUAUCGGCCUUUCGAGCUUUGCGCAAGCUUUACGAGCCUUCCUUAAAGCGGGACACUUCAUUUCAAAAAUAUAUCACAAAAAUUGGAGUUAUAUACUUUGACGAGCAGGUCGAGCAUGUACACUCUGGACCAAGCGGACUUGGUGGUAUGUUUGGAGACAUAUUCAAUCGACUCAUGCAAGGCUUUGACGAUGACGAUGAAGAACCGAGUAGACCCCAGCGACGACAGAAUGCCAACCAUGAGUUGGACUAGCAGUUGAAAUUUACCAAGUCAGCGAAAUCAUAGGCAUUAAAUACACCGGGCUUUCUUAAUGUUAUUAUAUAUUUGCUAAACUAAAUCUUACUAGCAACUGCAAUAAUAUACUCAACACU